CUUGUACUGAGUGAGUAUUUUCUCAACCACCACUAUCGACGACAACAACAACAACAACAACAACAACAACAACAACAACAAAUGAGUUAAAAUUCUUAACUUUACUCCAAAAAACUCACACUUCCGAGCUGCAUUUGAAGGCAGCAUUGACAGUGAAAAAUCAGAGCUGUGGAUUUGCACUUGAAGGCAUCAUGUGUUGUUUCUGAAGAGGGACGGAAGAAGUUGAGCGUCUUACAGGAAGAGACUCAUGUCGAGACGUUGUUUAUUGUUUAUUGUUUCUUCUGUUGAUCUUCUGUCUGCUGCCUCAUUAAACUCUGGAGACACUACUGGAAAUAAAAACACCUGGAAAACACCUGAACUUCUGUCUGAGCUGUCUGGAGCAGCCAUGACACAUUAAUGGACACAUUGAAUUUAGCGGGAGCAGCUUGGUAGGUAACAGAGGAGUGAAUGAUGGCCAUCGCCCACGUGGCUACAGAAUACGUGUUCAGUGAUUUCCUGCUGAAGGACCCGAACCAGGCUCGCUACCGCAGCGUCCGCACCGAGCUGGCUGUGGACAAGAUGGUGACCUGUGUGGCCGUGGGCCUCCCCCUCCUCCUCAUCUCUCUGGCCUUCGCUCAGGAGGUCUCAGUAGGGACUCAGAUCAGCUGUUUUGCUCCUGCUAACUUCUCCUGGAGGCAGGCAUAUUAUGUGGACUCGUACUGCUGGGCGUCUGUUCACACACACACUCUGCCUCUGUGGCUGCACAAGUUCUUCCCGUACAUCCUGCUGCUGGUGGCCGUGCUCAUGUACACCCCGGCGUUGUUCUGGAGGUUUUCUGCUGCUCCCCUCCUCCAGUCGGACCUCGGCUUCAUCAUGGAGGAGUUGGACCGCUGCUACAACCGAGCCGUCACGCUGGCCAAACGCCUCGCCACCUCAGGACUGCUCACACCUGACAGCGACCCGACUGAAGGCUGUUUUAACUACCCUCUGGUGGAGAAGUUCCUGAUGACCAAGCGUUGCUCUCGCUCCAUGCUGUUUUACUACCUGCUGUGCCGCGGCCUGACUCUGGUCACGCUGCUGUGCGCCUGCGUCUACCUGGUCUACUACCUCCGCCUCGCCGCCGUCACCGACGAGUUCGGCUGUAAGCUGCGAGCCGGCCUGCUGGCCUCCGACCCCGCUGUUCCUGAGAGGGUUCAGUGUAAACUCAUCGCUGUGGGAGUCUUCUCUCUGCUCAGCCUGGUCAACUUGGUCCUGUUCGUGGCUCUGAUUCCUGCGGUGAUCUAUGCUAGUUUCCGUCCUCUCUUCUGUCACGGAUACGCUCGAUUCUUGGAAACCUACCAAUCGCUGCCCACCGUCAGCGUGCUGCCCACCCCCGGCAGCCAAUGGGACGACCUCUCUCUGUAUCUGCUCUUCUUGGAGGAGAACCUCAGCGAAUUAAAAUCAUACAAAUACAUCAAGGUGUUGGAGUUGUUGAGGAGACGAGGUGAGUGUGCUGGAGAAGACUUUGACUCCAUGGGUCUGCUGCAGACUCUCUGUACGGUGAAGAUGGACACCGUGGAUGCUAAUAAACUCACCUGCGUCACAAGUAAAGUGAAGAGUAAAGCGGCAGACUCGGCCGGCAGCCCCCCACCAGCUGCCACGUCUGGAGCUGCCAAGAACAGCUGCAACCGUCCGAACUCAGCCGCAGAUAACGAAACUGAGAUGAAAGAGUUAGCUCCUUUGCUGUCUGGAGACGUGACGGGCAGAAAAAGCAGCGAAGGAGAAACUCUCCGGCAGAGAUCCUCCUGAUCACAUCUGAAACACCAUCAUCAUCAUCAUCGAAGAUCUUCCUCAUCCUCUGGGAGCUCUCAGCUGGUUUGAACAAACUAAAAAGUGGAGGGAGUGAGGAUUUGGUGUCUUAAGAAUAGACCGUGGAUUUCAGGAAUUAUCAAAUUUGUUGAAGCAUUUUAAGACCCAAAUUCAUUUGACUAAAUGGUUAAAACACUAAAAUGCAAAACAAAGAUGCAGCUAUUAUUAAAUUAUGGGUUACAUGGUUUGUCACUGAGGCCUGCUUGGCUUGGCUUUUUUUAAUAUCUAAAAAUAUAAAAUAUUCUUAAAAACAUUGACAGGAUGUGUCUAUCACAGGCCCACGAUACGAUAUCACAAUACUUACAAUACGAUAUAUUAUUAGGAUUUUAAACAUUCUGCAGUAUGCUGAGUAUCGUGAUAACAACCUGACUUAUUGGUUUCUUUCAACUGCAUGUUAUAUCUUUUUUUAACCGUGAUUCCAAAAAAGACGACCAAGGUUUUUGUUGGGGCUUUACCUAAUAAGAUAAGAACAUUUUCAGUCUGUUCAUCUCUCUUUAACCCUCUGGUCACUCUAAUUUAACCCUUUCAGACCCUUCGGGCUGAAAAUGACACAGAGCAACUUAGUUAUGCAGAAACUGGAAAAUUAGAAAUUAAGAUAGUGUUAAAUAUAAAAUCAAGUCAGCACCAUCUAGUGGACUGAAAUAGCAAUUGAUUUAAUUACUCAACUAACAAAAGGUUUAAUUUACACAAUAAAAUGUCGGUACUAUAGCUACAAUACUGCCACACAAAUUAUCACAAUACAGUUUUAUAUGUUUUUUUCCUCCCGUUCGUAGUGUUUUGUGAGUUUUCUUUUCAUAUUCCUUGUUACUUGACAUGUUGAUCACAUAUCUGACAAGUUUUCUGUGACUAUUUAAAGUGAGAAUGCAGUCAAAGCUUGCUGCCUAAUACAGCAGGAUAUAUUUAGUUUACUUAUUUAGAAGUGUCUUAAAGCUUCACGACACCUUUAAACGACAACUUUAAAUCUAAAAAUGCAGUCGUGUGGUUUUCAUCAAGAUAUACUUAUUUGCACUCGACAUUAUGGGAGAAUAUACUUCUUAUGAGAUUGUCAAACACAUUUCAGGAUAAUAAUAAAGGAAUCAAUUAGGAAUUUAUCAUUAUUCUGUCUAGAAAGUGGUACGACGAGGAAGUUAAAACGUUAAUCUGCACUGCAAAAAAGGUGUUUAAAAACCAGAUAAAACAGUAAAUCUGAGGGAAAUGAUCUUGCUGCAUCGACAGAUAAUUUACCUUGACAAGAUUUCUUAAAUUAAGAUUAUUAAAUCUAGAAGUAAGCAUGUUGAACACUUAAAAUAAGAUAAAUUAUCCAACACUUCUAAAUCUAAAGUUUUAAAGGUAACUAAAGGUACAUUUGUUUGGACAAAUAUAAUGAUAACAAAAAUAGCUGAAAAGAGUUUAAUUUAAAAGCUGAUAUCUGAAUGUUUCCUUAACUAGAUGUAAAAAUGACUUAAAAAAUACACAAAUUGACCCAAAAAAUACAGACGUGAAAAUGACCCAAAAAUGCACGAAGUAACCAAAAAUAAAUGUGAAAUUGACCACUAAAAAGACACAACGAUGAAAUUAACUUAAUUAAUUAAAACAAGAUAAAUUAAAGCUGCCAGCAGCGAUCUGGCCCGAGCAGAGUGACCUGAUGAUUAUUUGUCUUUUUUGGUCAUUUUUAGUCUUUUUUUGUGUCUUUUUGUGUUUUUAUUUCCUUUUUGGUCAUUUUACGUCUUUUUGGUCUUUUUGUGUCUUUUUUUUACAUCUUCUUUUGUUCACAAAAGAAGAUGUAAAAAUCUUCAUCUUCUUUUGUUCACAAAAGAAGAGAUAAAAUUAAAGCUGCCAGCAGCGAUGCACUGGCCCGAGCAGAGUGACCUGAUGAUUAUUUGUUUCUUAACAAGAUUAAAAAAAAACUUCCUAUUUAGAAGUGUUGAAUCAUUUCUCCUGUUUUAAGAGUUAAUUUCUUAUUUUAAGCGUUCAACAUGCUUAUUUCUAGAUUUAAUAAUCUUAAUUUAAUAAAUCAUGUCAAUUGAAAUUAUCUGUCCAUGCAGCAAGAUCAUUUCCCUCAGAUUUACUGUUUUAUCUGGUUUUUAGACUAAACACCUUUUUUUGCAGUGUGUGCUUAUACAUGUCAUCUUUUAGCUCUCUCGUCUAUAUUUUAGAGGAACGCUGUCAGUUUUUGCAGUCAUUGAUGGAUUAUAAACUCGUGGUAUGAAGUUUUGAUUUCACGGUACUUAACGGUGCGUAAUGUUAAACAAAUACAUUAUUUCUCAGUGAGUCAUUCAGCAGGAAACCGCACAUAACAGCUAAUAAAACUCAUAUAAUAUCCAGUUUGGGAGCUUUAGGUUGAAACAGUUUGUCAGUAUAUAUGAUUUUUUUAAUGUUUGGAUGUUUCAACCUGGAAUUAAACUUGCCUUGCUUGUUUGGGAAUCUCAGGGAUAAAAACAUCUCACUACAUUGUUUACAUCAGACUUGUAUUAAUGUAAAUAUUUAUGUACUGCAAGUUUAUCAUAUUGUCAUUAACCUGCUGUGGUAAAAGCUCCUCUCUUGCUGUGUAUUAGUGUUUGUUUAAGGACUUUUAUGCUGUUUAUUUUUUCUUCUUAUGACAGAUAAAUGUUAUUUGGGUCUCAUUUCUGUGCAGUUUGUUAAUGUAAACUGAGGUUGAUGUUUUUUUGUGAUAUGAGAAAACCUUUGGAGUAUUAUAUUUCUGCAGUGACUUUUUGAUGUUUGAAAGAGAUAUAAUGAUGGCUGUUAAUUAUUAAAAUUUCUUUGAAAUAAAUGUA